UCCUGCUCACGCGAGACUUCGGAAGGCAGGGGGGCGGGAAGGGAGCGAGAGACACAACAAACAUGGCGGCGGCUGCGACGGUGACGAAGACGGCGGCGGCGGCGACGACGGCAGAGGCGUUGAACAAGGUGGUGGGGGUUACUCGGUGCGGUUGUCAGGAGAUCUCUGUAUGGCUUUUUAAUUUUAGUUGAAAUUCUCUCCAUGGCCUUUUGGAGUCCCUUGGUGUGUCUUCAGAGUAAAUUUCAAUUACUCCACAUUUCAUCCAUGUUGGAGUGGCAGGAUAAAGGAGGAACUGAUUUGGGGUGAAAAGGUAUAACGAACUGUAAACUUUAAAAAAGCAAAGAUGGGUGAAAAGAAACCAGAGCCUUUGGACUUCGUGAAAGAUUUUCAGGAAUACCUGACUCAGCAGACCCAUCAUGUGAACAUGAUUUCUGGAUCAGUUAGUGGGGACAAAGAAACAGAGGCUCUUCAGGGAGCUGGAACAGAUGGUGAUCAAAAUGGACUUGAUCACCCAUCUGUUGAAGUUUCCCUGGAUGAAAACUCAGGAAUGUUAGUAGACGGGUUUGAAAGGACGUUUGAUGGGAAGCUUAAGUGUCGGUACUGCAACUAUGCCAGCAAAGGAACAGCCCGGCUUAUCGAACAUAUUCGAAUCCACACAGGUGAGAAACCUCAUAGAUGUCACCUUUGUCCAUUUGCAUCUGCUUAUGAACGUCAUCUGGAAGCCCAUAUGCGUUCUCAUACUGGAGAAAAACCAUACAAAUGUGAAUUAUGUUCCUUCCGCUGCAGUGAUCGAAGUAACCUGUCCCAUCAUCGAAGGCGCAAGCAUAAAAUGGUACCAAUUAAAGGUACUAGGUCUUCCUUAAGCAGCAAGAAAAUGUGGGGGGUUUUACAGAAGAAAACAAGCAAUCUGGGCUAUAGCAGAAGAGCACUAAUCAACUUAAGUCCACCUUCCAUGGUGGUUCAAAAACCAGACUACCUUAAUGAUUUUACCCAUGAAAUCCCAAAUAUCCAGACUGACUCCUAUGAAAGUAUGGCAAAAACCACACCAACUGGUGGCCUUCCAAGGGACCCCCAAGAACUCAUGGUUGACAACCCUUUGAAUCAGCUCUCGACUCUAGCAGGACAGUUGUCCAGUUUGCCACCUGAAAACCAAAACCCUGCAUCCCCUGAUGUAGUUCCCUGUCCUGAUGAAAAGCCUUUCAUGAUUCAGCAGCCUUCUGCCCAAGCAGUGGUUUCUGCUGUGUCAGCAAGUAUUCCUCAGAGCUCCUCUCCCACGAGCCCUGAACCUCGGCCAUCACAUAGUCAGAGGAACUAUAGUCCAGUGGCAGGUCCAAGCAGUGAGCCAAGUGCCCACACAAGCACUCCUAGCAUAGGAAACAGCCAGCCAAGCACGCCAGCCCCAGCCCUGCCAGUCCAGGACCCUCAGCUUCUGCACCACUGCCAGCACUGUGAUAUGUACUUCGCAGACAAUAUCCUUUACACUAUUCAUAUGGGAUGUCAUGGGUAUGAAAAUCCUUUUCAGUGUAAUAUAUGUGGAUGCAAAUGUAAAAACAAGUAUGAUUUUGCCUGUCAUUUUGCAAGAGGGCAACAUAACCAACAUUGAAAACAAUCAUAUUAUGUUUUACUUGGUUUUGCCUUUUUUGUGUUCUGUGCUUUGGUGUUUUUUUUCAUCCCUGAUAAAGUGUCUGCUAAUU